AUGGAUUACUAUGAGCAAAUGUACUUGUGCAUCCGGAAAACGAGAUUGCAGAAAUGCUGCUGUCCCGUUGGAACAAAUACCCGAAUGGCUUACAGUCUGUUGAUGGUGAUCAACUUUGCGAACUCGGUUCUACUCACGUUGCAAGUCUUUGGCACUGAGUCCGCACUUUCUUUUUCGAUUUUUGUUGCCAACACGGCCAUCGUCUUGAUGGCUUUAUAUGGGAUUUACAAUCUGAAGCCGAUCUUCAUCGCACCGAAUGUCAUUUUCAAGGUAACCGUCUCCUCAGCAGCUCUCUUCUACGGUCUUCAACUUGUCGAGUCUUCAAAUCCGAUCCCUAUCCCGCAAAUUGUUUGGAUCUUGAUUUCAGUGAUCCUAUUUGUUUUCGAAGUACACGCGAUGUUCAGCGCCUCCUUUGGCAUUUUGAAAGAGUUGAGCAGGAGAGAUCGAGCCAAGCCUCCACCAUCGUAUGAGACGGUGAUCGCUUCCGAUGCAUCACCGCCAACAUAUCAAGAAGCUCUUACAAGAUUGCAUCAACAACCAUUCAGCAAAACUCAUUCUGUGAACGCGAACACAAAUAACAGCCAAAAGCCGGUCGUACUGGAUAUUGAGAGCCUUGAGAUCUCGCAAAUGUGUCCAAGAAUCGGCACGUUGUCUGUCUCUCCGAAAUCUCCUCAAAUUUCUCCUCCAUCAUCGCCCAGUUCGCUCAAUUCGACACGCUCAACACGCUCACAAACAAACGCUUUACCACAAAUUGAAGUUGUU